AUGACGACUACAUCCACAGAUUCUUCGUUUGAAGACAUCAAACGCAAGAGGGAACGCGAAGGCUCGCUCGAGAUCGCAGAAGCGGAGACCUUAGCGAAUCACACUGAUUCCUCAGACGAUGGCGACAAAACUGUCCGAUCAAAAAAGAAGCGACACGAUAAGAUUGCUGAAAACACAGAGGAAAAUGUCCCGAGUGCGCCUGGCGGGGAGACGACCGAGCCAAUGAGGACUUUGCGAAAAAAAGUGGAGACGAUGAAAGUCAACACAUACGGCAACGAGGAACGCGAUCGUCCUGCCUCAAUUCCAGUUGUUGAUGUUGUGAAUGCUGACGCAACGGACAAAGAACCUUCUUCGACUAUGCCACCUGUCGAAGACAGUCAAACUGCUGAAAAGAUUAUCGAGGAGUCGGUGACGAAUGAUGCUGUUGUUGGUGAAAACGGGAAUUUGUCGGUCUUCUCGUCGAAAAAACGGGCAGCUACUGAAUUAUAUGUGGAUAAUGAAGUUGACGCAGGAAAGGACUCGUCUAGUAUACCUCGGAAGCUUUCCAGGACGAUCGCAGAGUCGAUUCAAAGGCACGAGAGUUUUGCUGUCAUAUCCGAAAUGAGAAACGAGAAACCUUUACAAAGGCAUCAGAGUUUUACAGUCAUUGAGUUAGCGCAAAGGAAUAAGAUCUACGAAACCGAUUCCACAAAGAAAAUCGACAACAGUUCCGACAGCACCGCGAAACUUGAAGAACCACAGGGAGUAAAUCAAAUCAAUGAAUUGCCUGCCAUAGAAUCAAUUAUUGAGGAUGUGGCUGACGCGAAAGACUCUGGCAAAGAGGUUGAAAAAGUAGGAGAGUCACUAGAAUCACAAGAAUCAUCGGAAAGUUUCACAGAGAAUUCAAAUAAGGCUUCAGUUCCAGGAAUCAGAGCGGAAAUAGGAUGCAAGACAAGUCUCUACAAAUCUCCUUUUGAAAAUCAAACAUCAAUUGGUCAGAGCACUCGAACGUUUGGCAGUGGUUACAUACCAAAGGCGAUGUCGACCAACACCAAAAUAUUUGGUAGUCAGAUUUCGAGUACUUCUCAAUCACAUAACAAACCAAUCGGGUUCUCGGAUUAUUCGUCUUCCUCGCAGAGUAAAAGUAUAUUUGGUUCAGGAUUGAUGGGAAAAUUUGGUACUCAGGAGUCUUCCACAAAAACAUCAAUUUUCGAUGAGACUUCAAAUAAUGAUGAGGAGAAUGAGAAUGAUAGAGAAAGCGAUGCCGAAGAUGAGACACCCUUUGGAAUGGGCGCGAGACCCAUGCUACAGGAACAAGAAGUGUUGACCGGGGAAGAGGAUGAGGUCACUGGGUAUUCUGUUAGGGCGAAAUUAUACUGCAUGGAUCGGGAGCAGCAGUGGAAAGAACGAGGAGUCGGGAUUUUGAAACUUAACUUUCCAAAAAAUUACGACAAAUCCCCGAGGCUAGGUAUGCGCGUUGAAAGGUCACAAGAAAAAUUUGUGAGAUUGCUCGCGUUUGAAGGAAACAACAACGUGACCGCCCAUUUCGCCAUUAAGCUUUCUAGUCCUGCCGCAGCCGAUGACCUAUACAACGCUAUAAUGAGCGCGAUACCGCCAGCACAACAAACGCCUCAUCAAACGGUCAAUGCC